GUGGCAAAUUGUCAUUUGUCAAUCGAUGCAGUAGCGAAUCCUAAAAUAUUUUUGUACUUUUAAAGGUUUUUAAUUAAUGAUAAAAUGUUUACGGCUCCGCUUUUAUUUACAAUAUUAAUUACAAUAAUUAAUGGUGUGCUUUCGAAAAGCGUCGAAUUAACGUUUGAACUUCCUGAUAGUGCCGAAGAAUGUUUUUAUCAAACUAUGGACAAGGAUACGGCUGCUUCAUUAGAGUACCAAGUAAUUUCUGGAGGACAGUAUGACGUAAGCGUAAAAAUAGAAGCUCCUAACAGACAAAUUAUAUAUCAGCAAGAGAAGAUGCAAUAUGAUUCACACCAAUUCACCGCUCUGGCGUCUGGUGAUUACAAAGUGUGUUUUAGUAAUGAGUUUAGUACAUUUUCACAUAAACUUGUGUAUAUGGAACUAAAUGUUGGACCGGAGCAGCCUCUUCCUGGUGUAGGAGAUCAUGCAACUGUUCUUACACAGUUGGAGACAUCUGCCGAAGAAAUUCAUUCUGCACUCAACAGAAUCAUAGAUCAUCAAACUCAUCAUAGAUUAAGAGAGGCUCAAGGACGUAAAAGAGCUGAAGAUCUGAAUGAAAAAGUAUUUUGGUGGUCUAUGGGUGAAACCUUGGCUAUUGUUUGUGUUGCAUUUACACAAGUUAUGAUACUAAAGAAUUUCUUUAGUGACAAGCCUACUCUAUACAACCGAUUGUAAAUAAUGUAAUUAAAUAGUUAAUUUAUUAAAAUUCUUCUGUUUAUUUGAAUUUGAUUUA